AUGUCGGCCGGAAGCACAGGUUCUGCACCAGAACCGUUCGCAGUUCCGGAUCCGCAGGAAGCAAGCAACAGCAUUCUGUGGAUGAACGGUCUCUGGCUCACAUCGCUCGUUGUCGCCCUGUACACAGCUGUGCUCGCCAUGCUCGUCAAGGAGUGGAUAAGGGCGUACGACGCACAUUGCUCUGCCUCUGCGGAGCCGCACAUCCAGGCCAGGCAGCGGCACUUCCGCCACCUGGGAUUCGUCGCUUGGAAAGUGCAAGACGUAGCCGAGUCCCUUCCUCUCUAUCUGCACGUCGCCGUCCUCUGCUUCCUCGCAGGGCUGACGGUCUACCUCUGGGAGCUACACACAACUCUCGCAAUUCUCAUGACCGUACUCACUGCUGGCGGUUACAGCGGGUACUUCAUACUC